CCCCGCGCUGCCCCUCCGAUUCGCUGGACCCGUUCACCACCAAGAUAUCUAUACGAAAUAUCGAUCCAGGCUUGGACUACUCAUUUGCUAUCACGUCCUCCUCCACUGCUGCCACAAUGUCGUCACAACAACUUCCACCCAACACAAUCUCUAUCAAACGAAAGCGCACCGAUACCCCCGUCGACUCCCUUAGGAUCGAGCACGGCGAAAAGGAAAUCAAGCGGCAGAGGAGUAGCAACUUCGCAUACAGGCGUCUCACAAAGCCGGGCGACGACGUCCAACAGACGUCAUCAGCACCGCCAACACCGACGCUCGCCCGACGAUUUCGCCUCGACCCCGUUUCAAGAAUUGGUGCAAAACGGCAUUUCGUAGAAGAACAAGAAGUCACCAAGAAGGAAGACAUACCGACAGGUGGACAAGUGCAAGCACCAGUACCAGAAGCUUUACCGGAGCGACCACGAAAGCGACCAGGCGCAGGCAGCGCACUCCACCACUCAGCGAAGCCUUCCAUACACCGGAAACCCCCUGUCACCGAACCCUCAGAAAAUGAUGUCCGCAACCUGGAGGCUCUGUCAAAAGAGGUAGAAAAAGUAGACAACCUCGAGAUUCCUAUCCCCUCUCCUUCAAAACACAAGCCCAAAGCUCCAGCAAAACGCUUUGCAGAACGACAUCCAGACAAGGCUGCAGCUCUCGCUGCCCAAGACAAUUCAACCGUCGAUGGCGAUGCAAUGGACAUUGAUAGCGAAUACGUAUACGACCAUUACGUCCGCGAACCCGUUCUACCAGACGCCCCAGCACCAACAGGCACAGUCGGUCUCUUGGUCAUCAGCGAAGAGGACGCAGACUGGUGGGAUAACGAAGAGACUAGCGACCGAGAAUUUGAUACCGACGAUGAAGAUGAGAAUGCUGAAGAUUACUACGCCAAUGACUAUCCCGAAGAUGAGAUGAGCGACGACGAUGAGUUUGAUCGGAAUUUGUAUCAGUCCAAAUAUCGUCAUGGAAGUGACGACGAAGAGUACAACAUUGAAGACGACGAUGACAAUGCGCUAGGAAGUGGCGAGGACGAGGAUGAUUUGCACUUCAAGAUGACGGUACCAAAACCACAGAGAGCGGGAUAUUGGGGUGUGCAAGGCGAGUCGUAGUCUUUCUGUCUCGGAGUGAUUAUAACUGCUCUCGCAGUGUAUGGGUCAUCCUAUUCUCUUGUUGCCUUUCAAACUUUUCAUAGUCUCAAUCUCGGCAGACCACGGCUUCACGACGAAUCAUGAGAAUUAUACGGAAUCCAAGUGAUAAAAUCACAUUACCAUUGUCUACUCUAGACGGUCUCCUAGUGAACGUAAAAACAAAGAGGGUAUCAUGUCAAACUCCCAACCCCAGAUAGUAAUACAGGAACCAAAACCCAAGAAACCUUUCCUGACCCAUACAAGGAUCAUCAUGUAAUCAUCAUAUCCCAUCCGUGAGCGUGACUACAUCUGUACUCCGUCAAACCUCCAGCCAUAGUUGGGAGAAAAAGAAAAACGGUUAGUUAACUCUGCUGGCCGUCUGAUUCGUGGUCCUUGCCCCUGUACAAGAUCGCCUUUAGUAGUAUAUCCUCCUAGGUAGCGCCAACACUCGCCAUGCUGCCCUUCCGUUGUU